UACUAUAUAUAAGCUUUAUCAACACAAAUGAAUUCCUCUUGCUAUCAUUUCAUCUCCUUAUUAUAAGGCUUCUCUCUCUCUCUCUCUCUUCUUUAGUUGAGCAUAAAGAUAGAGAAAGCCUUAUAGGUAAGGAAAAAUGUCUAGGAAUGGGAAACUGGAGGAACAUAAAGUGCCCUUAUUAGAUUAUGUCUCCUCUAAUAAUAUCCAAAGUAGUUAUUUAGAACAAAAUGAUCAAAGUCUUGCAAGAAGAUUUUGUAUAGAAUCAAAGAAGCUAUGGCAUAUAGUUGGGCCAGCCAUCUUUAGUAGAAUUGCUUCCUACUCCAUGUUUGUCAUCACUCAAGCUUUUGCUGGCCAUCUUGGUGAUCUUGAACUUGCUGCUAUGGCCAUUGCUAGUAAUGUUAUUCUUGGCUUCGAUUUUGGACUCAUGCUAGGAAUGGCAAGUGCAUUGGAAACACUAUGUGGACAAGCAUUUGGUGCCAAGAAAUACUACAUGUUAGGGGUAUAUUUGCAACGCUCUUGGAUAGUACUCUUCUUGUGUAGCAUUCUAAUGAUGCCAAUAUUUUUCCUUGCAACACCAAUCUUGAAAUUAUUGGGGCAACCAGAGGAUGUGGCAGAGCUCUCUGGGGUUGUGGUUUUGGCCUUUAUCCCAUUGCACUUUUGCUUUGCAUUCCAAUUCCCAUUGCAAAGGUUCUUGCAAAGCCAAUUGAAGAACAAUGUGAUUGCUUGGGCUAAUUUUGUGGCUUUCAUUAUCCAUGUGUUGAUAAGUUGGCUAAUUGUGAGCAAGUUUAAUUUGGGCAUUAUUGGGACAACACUUACUUUGAAUUUCUCUUGGUGGCUGGUAUUUUCUGUGCUAUUUUGUUAUACUACUUGUGGUGGCUGUCCACUUUCUUGGACCGGUUUUAGCAUGGAGGCUUUUUCUGGGCUUUGGGACUUCUUCAAGCUUUCUUUUUCUUCUGGAAUCAUGCUAUGCUUGGAGAACUGGUACUACAAGGUGCUAAUUGUGAUGACUGGUAAUUUGGAGAAUGCUAAAAUUGCUUUGGAUGCAUUAUCCAUCUGCAUGAAUAUCAAUAGCUGGGAAUUGAUGAUUCCUCUUGGAUUCUUUGCUGGAACUGGAGUAAGGGUAGCAAAUGAGUUGGGAGCUGGAAAUGGCAAAGGGGCAAAGUUUGCAACAGCAGUAGCAGUGACACAAUCAAUAGUGAUUGGUUUAUUCUUCUGGAUUUUGAUCAUAUUUUUCCACAAUGAACUUGCUCUAAUUUUCUCCACUAGCCAACCUGUUCUUGAAGCUGUUCAUAAACUCGCUAUUCUCUUAGCCUUCACUGUUCUCCUCAACAGUGUUCAGCCCAUUCUCUCAGGGGUUGCUGUUGGAUCUGGAUGGCAAGCAUAUGUUGCAUACAUAAACUUGGGCUGCUAUUAUGUACUUGGAAUUCCUCUUGGCUUUAUUAUGGGAUGGGGUUUCCACUAUGGUGUCAUGGGAAUAUGGGCUGGAAUGAUCUUUGGUGGAACUGCAGUUCAGACUUUGAUAUUGGCUAUAAUCAUAAUUAGAUGUGAUUGGAAUAAAGAGGCAGAGAAGGCAACAAUGCAUGUAAGGAAAUGGGACGAUGUUAGUCAAUUGACUUCAUAGAAAUGGCCAUGAAUUUUUCCAAGUAUUAAUGAUGACGAAAAAGACAAUAACAAGAAAAUUGGAUAUUGUCCUCGAAAUUUUGUGCACUAAUUUUUCAGUCUAAGGUAGUUGUAAUUUUCUUUCGUAUCCAAAAGUAAGAAGCAACAUAUGUAUAAAUUUUAAAUGAAGUUGAUUGAUAUGUAUUUUUGUAUCUUGAAAAUGAAUCAGUGAAAUGUAAACAUCAAAAUUCUUAAUCAGCUGAUGAUAAACACAUUUCAUGAAAUAGUUGAAAGAUUUUGGAUUCGAGCCAAA